AAUGCUAGUCAAUAACAUAUUAAUGUCUAUGUAUAUACAUUCUAUUUGGAAGGUUGUGUUUUUUAGUAGAUGAAAUUGUAUGAAGGAGUCGUUUUGUUGGAUGUGAAGUAAGCUUCCUAUAGUGUAUCUGGAAUAGCCUUAUUUGCAUCCCAUAUUUCUUCUACACAUUUUCAUCGCUAAUCAACACCCUCUGACUAACCUAGAAACUGUACAUACUAACUCUAUAAUGGCAUCCCAGUCAACCGUAUCCUUCAAUGUCCACUCUGUUGGCGCAGUGCGCCGCAGCUCAUUCGGCAAGAUGACUGCCUGGGUCUUGUUCUUCGUCGCUUUGUUCAACCUUUUCAAUGGCGUCGCUGUUGCCGAUGUGGAGGUUGAUAUGCGUGAACAAAAAGAAUGUACCAUAAAACCUCCUAGUGAUGUGGCAUCAUCAGGUGGUACCAAAGUCUUUAUUCCUAAGAGCAUUAAUGUAAUAUUUCCAUCUCAAAAUGCAUGUGCUCCUACCAAGGUACUCACGGAUGAAGACAAGGUUAAUAUUGAACGUAACCUGAGAAAGAUUCUCGCGCACAUUUCAUAUUAUCGCCCUAAGGAUAAGGCUUUAAAGCCAUAUAAAAAACUGGUAAAGUCACUCAAGAAGAAGGAGAGCAUGGAAUUGUCUUUCGACAUGGCUCGACAGUUGGCUCUUCUAGGUGGAAAAUACGACGGUACAUUCCCACGUAACAAUGCAUACACCAAUUUUAUAUUUUACUUGGCUGACAUGUUGACUAAAGAAGGUUACGGUCCCCUACCAAAUACUACUGAAGGAAAGAAGGAGUGGUACAACCAUUACGAUAUGAUUACGGAAUAUAUUUUCCAAGCUUGGGAAAUGGUGUAUUAGAAUGAUUUUUUUUACAAAUAAUGCAGGAUCACAUUAAAAGCCGUAUGUACGACAUCUAAUAGCAUGUUUCUAUAACCGGAGGUGUUCUAGAUGAACGUUCGGACCACAUUUCAAAUAUAGAUUUACAUUUAUUGUAGGUGUUCGAUUAUUGUUUGUAUUGUUUUAAAUGCAAAAUGUACUUACAGUAUAAUGAGAAUGAACUGUGUAACAUGGUGUAGUGCGUCCUAAGUUGACAUCACUCGAUUGCCGACGCAAUUAGAUAGCAUCUUUGCAUAAGCAUACUAGGAAGACAUUUCAAGACAAAUCUCAAAGAGUAUAAUGGCCAUUCUAUACACGUAUGAUACAAUCUGUAUCAUGGAUUGGGCUCAAAUGUUGUAUAACAGUCUUUUAGUAAAUAGAUCUCGAGCACUACAUCACCAGUUUUGUUGCAAAAUAGUUGUUUCAGGUUGUAGUAUGGAAGAGUCACCAUACUAUCCGAAGUCGUAAGAUACUAUAUUUCUCACCAGCGAUGAACUU